AUGUCAUCUGGGUACAUUCAGCGAUAUUUAGAGGAAUUGGUGGCUCAGAGGGCAAGAGAACCAGUAAAAUUACAAGCGCAAAAGGAUUCCCUAGAUAAUCUUCCUGUAAGAAGCAAUCGAGUAUUGAUGACAGAGGUUAAUAACGAUGAUAAAGCUCAAAGUUCCAACUUCAAUCAUGAAAUGGUCACUGCACUCGAAGUCACAGUGUUCAAAGGCUCAUAG